ACUGUGCUCUGCUCUUUCCAUCGGUGUCUGCUGUAGUCUCGGUCGCGUUGUGCUGAGCUUCUGUUACAAAAGCAACCCACUACUGCAUCAUUGCCGGCUGCUAUGACCUUAUCUUCCAGAAAGUCUCUCGUAUUCUAGCUGUCGAGCUUACCCAGUGUGAUAACGCGAAAGGCAGAGUGGUGUCUACGCGGAGCUCGCCUGCGUAUCGGAAACACACUCCGGUGGUCGUGAGGAGUAAGUGAAGAAUCCCGGGAGAUUAAGACAGCUUUACGAGUAAUUUACGAACUGCAAGACAAUGGACGACCUCGACGCUCUGCUGGCAGACCUUCAGCAGACGACGGCCAACCUGAGCAGUCCUUCCCCUAUGUACUCCAAUCUCCCGAGACCCGGUAGUGGUCUGAGCAACGCCAGUGAUCACUCUGCUAGGUCAUACACCGACCACCACUUUGACUACAAGCCAGACAAAACUUCACCUAUUUACCAGAAUCAGUACAUCAUGACAGAAAAGACAACAACAACAACCUACUCGCCAACAAGCAACGGAGACGUAAGUCGGGAGCCCCUGCCCUCGUCAAGGUCCCCGAUUGCAAGUAACCUCUCAGAGCUCGAUACCCUUUUGGAAGAUUUGAACACCGCUAAGUUUCCUGCCCCAGCAAUAGCAACCCCUUCACCACCUUCCCAGAGGAAGAAAGAUCCCAAGGCAAUGGCCAAUGGAACCAGAAGACCACUUUCUCCAGUGUCUCCCGUAAGGUAUCGCCCUCCUUCAUCUCCGAUGCCUAGCGAGAUGGAUACUACGGUGGAAAACCUCUUGGAUGACCUUCAGAAUGCUGUAUCACGGGACAACAAGGGACCUCCGAAGCCACCUUCUGCUUACAAAGCUCCUACUGCAUCUUCAGCAACCAAGGAGUUGGACGACCUAAUGGCUUCACUGUCGGACUUUAAUUUGAACAGUUCCUUAUCUCCAGUGCAACCGCAGUACCAGCAGCCUCUGCAGUCCUCCCCUGGAAGUGACCCAGCAUAUGCGAAGCCUCACAAAUUGCCCAAGAGCACGGCUUCAAACCAGUUAGACUCGAUGUUGGGUACACUACAAUCGGAUAUGACGCGGCAGGGCGUCAACACCACUGCCAAGGGUCAUUGUUCAGCCUGCGCAAAGCCCAUUGUUGGUCAGGUCGUGACUGCUUUGGGUAAGACGUGGCAUCCAGAACAUUUCACAUGUGCCCACUGCAACCAAGAGCUGGGCACCAAGAACUUCUUUGAACGUGACAAUGAACCGUACUGCGAAACAGACUAUCACAAUAUUUUCUCACCAAGAUGCGCUUACUGCAAUGGACCCAUUCUUGAUAAAUGUGUAACGGCACUGGAUAAGACGUGGCACCCUGAGCAUUUCUUUUGCGCCCAGUGUGGCAAACAAUUUGGAGAUGGUGGAUUCCACGAACGGGAUGGUAAAGCUUAUUGCAAGGACGAUUACUACGAGCAGUUUGCACCAAAAUGUGGUGGCUGCAAUCGAUCCAUCACAGAAAACUACAUUUCUGCCCUCAACAGUCAGUGGCACCCUGAUUGCUUUGUUUGCCGGGAUUGCAGGCAAGGCUUCAAUGGUGGUAGCUUCUAUGAUCACGAAGGGCAGCCAUACUGUGAGACACACUACCAUGCCAAACGUGGGUCCCUGUGUGCAGGAUGCCACAAGCCGAUAACAGGACGAUGCAUUACGGCAAUGUUCCGCAAAUACCAUCCGGAACACUUUGUUUGUUCUUUCUGCCUUGGCCAGUUGAACAAGGGCACCUUCAAAGAGCAGAAUGACAAGCCCUACUGCCACGCGUGUUUCGAAAAACUCUUCGGUUAAAAAUGCAAACCCAAGGUGAUAUGGUGUCACAUUUGUUGAGCAUCAGCUUGCCAAAUACGCUAUGUGAUCCCUGUUUAAAAGGAAAUGUUAGGAUGCUUUCUACUGUCUGAUAUCUUCCGCUGUACAGGGGGAAAUAGGGAUGUGGGCUUGUGGGUAGGGUUACAGGCCUCUGAACAUUCAGAGCGGCUGCUCAAAUGUCUUCGUCUCAUGGGUUGAUAGAGCAGACAAGACAGGUGAUUGUGCAAGUCAGUUCUUCGUUUUAAACCCUGUAGCAGUGUCUUCCAAAAGCCCUCUGCGGAAAUCUUUUUUUCUGAUAAGCUAUCCAGUCUUAUUUGUAGUAGUGUCUUAUUGGGCAUACAGUCACACUUUGAUAACUUUGCUGGUGGCUUUUACAUUUUGGGGAGCCAAAAAAAGAAGUGUUUCUACAUGAUGCUGUACAACGAGUGUGCAAUGUGAAGUCAUGACACAGUGUGCACAGAUUUUAAAGAUGUCUUUUACUUAGCUUUUAUGUGAGGAAGUUUUUAGCAUGUGCUUCUAUUGUAUCUAACUUAGGCAGUUGUAAAUUGAUAAAUACACUUGCUUUAGUACACUGCGUAAGUAUUUAAUUGUACAAAGCUUGAGACUCUUACAGAAUGAACUUGGGAUGCCGUAAUGGCUCAGAGAAAAAAAUUCCAUGCUUCAUGCAUGUUGGGAAGGUUUUAGUGGAAUGUGGUUAUGAAAAAAUGAGUGCUGUGAAGAGAAUAUAUACUUUCAUACCCCCUACUCUCAACAGCUACUAAUCUGUUGUACACGGCCAGAACUAUGUGUUUACAUAAAGAUGUACUUAGGGUACCACAUCCUUGUAUUUUAUUUCCAAAUUGGGGAAACACAUUUGGCAUCAGAUUUUCCUGAGACCGAUGAAACUGUUUGAAAGUGCAAUACCUGUUGGCAUACAAAAUAUGUCGUAAAAGAGAGCUCUUUUUUUCCCCCCCCUUUGAUUCUGGUUUCAUGGAGUGUGUUGUGAGAACAGCAUCCCAACUAAUGCCUCCACUCUAGCAUGUUACCACUAAAAAUAAUCUUCAUAUAUGGAUGAGAUUCUGCAAACUUAAUAAGGAAAGGCAAGCUGGAUAGUGCAAAUGUGACUAGAGGAACAUUUGCUUGAGUCUGCGGACCAAUGGGAAAGAUGUCGACCGAACUAGCUACAAAGAAGAUACUCAAAAAUUUGCAGUAGUGACAAUAAAUAUGCGCAUGUGCAUAUCAGUGUGUUCGAGCUACCACCUACACUUGUGGCUCGCACUAAACGAUUUGGAGUCGGUUUACGGCCACAAAUUAUAUCCAUGGUAUGCCAAACACGCCGUACAACCAGUUAGCAGAGCUGUGCGCUGUCUCUCUCACUAUCUUGUGGUGCAUGAAAAUGAAUUACUAUAUAUAUAAAUACAUGUAUAUGUAUAGACACAUACAAACGUCAAGGUAUGUCAUACGUGCUUCCUUCUACCAUUUGCUAGAUGUCUUUACCUGUAAAGUUUUUGCUUGUGGAUAGUGCGCGAAAUAAAAAUGGCCUUUCUAUGAACUCUUGUAAGACA